UUCUCAAGAUGGGUCCCUGCGGCGGCCCCCGUGGCGACGCCUGGAAGAUGGACGUGCGCGGCGGCGACCGCAUCGUCAAGGUAAUACUGUGGCAUGCAGGCGCCGUCGACGCCAUCUCGGUGUCUUACGAGCGGGACGGCCGGAUUGAGCAGACGGAGCACUGGGGAAAACUUGAGGGUCGACAGCGCUCAGAGAUCUGUCUGGAGCCGGAUGAAUACCUCACCGCUAUGAAAGGGCAUGUGGGCGAGUUUGGUGGCUCUUUCCUCGUCGGAGCGCUUACUUUAGUUGGCAACCGGCGCUCCUUCGGACCAUACGGGACACGGAAAGGCCCGCCGUUCGAGCUGCCAGCGGCGGGCGGCAGGAUAGUUGGCUUCCACGGGCGCUCCGGAGGCCUCAUUGACGCACUUGGCAUUUACGUUGAAACGGACAACUAAACUCUUCUAUAUCUGUGAUGAUUGAUCCUAGCAUGUGAACAGAUUUAGACGGCCGCACUAUUGUUAAUUUGGACAACCUAUCUUUUUUCUGAAUGUUUGUUAGCCUUGUGCUUCUUCUGUU